GAUAUGUCUGGGGCUAUAUAGUGAGAAUUUACCGGCCAGAAUCCGGUAGAGAAAGAAAGGCGCUGCUCUAUCCAAAUUCCAAUCCAUCUCAAGCUUCUUCCCUGAGACACUCUUUCCUACUUCCAGAUUCCGGCGCAGAGCUAUGGGGUUUCUAUCUUGGUGGGCAGAAGGCAAUAAGGAGGCUCCUUCUUCCUCAUCCUCACCGGAAGCCAAACCACCACAAAAGUCUGAUUCAACUGUCAAGGGACAUGCCGAGGUGCCUGGCAUGAACGGCGCCGUUGAGGUCCUGCGUACUCCUCCACUUAUGCCGGCCGAUGUUACGGUUUUCGAAUUCGGAUCCGUCUCCGCAUCGACUGACAAGGUCACGCUCGCUGGAUAUUGUCCUAUCACCGACGACCUCGAUCCCUGCCGGUGGGAGAUUUUACCCGCAGACUGUGAAGAGGCUCCUCAGUUUAGGAUUGUUUUCUGAGAGAUCAUGCUAGCUAGCUAGCUGGCGGCUCCAUCUUUAUGGAGUAAGAACUUGGUUUCUAUUUACCAAACACAAAUUAUUUAAACACUAUAUUUACAAUUAUUCUAGUAUAAAAUUUAAAAUUCUAUCAUUUGAACAACCCAUCUUACAAAAAAAAAAUAUAUCUACAAAAUGUUAUGUUUUUAAAAAAUUUAAAUUCUGUAAAAAGUUUGUAUUGAUGAUCUAUUUUUUUAGUUAAUCUAUGGAUUCAAAUUUGUUUCACAAUCUUAAAUCACUUCUUCAUUAUUUAUGAUUUCAAAUUAUAGUUAUCUUUCUAUCAUUUUCAUUGAUUAAAAGUCAUUCAAUAGAUCAAAUUUUAGAAAACAAUAAUUUUCUGAAAACAGAAUUUUCUA